GCGGUUUAACAGGGAAAAGACAGAGAGAAGUCCGCGCUGAGGGUGUGGAGAGAUGUCACUUUCCGUGCUUGUGUGCGCGCCUGGCUGCGUAGCGGGAUUACCAUUACGCACGUUAUGCGGAGCGCUGUUUUGGUGAUGCGUUCAGUCGGGAGAGGUGCAGCGGGGAACUGCGAGCGUCAAACCGGAGACUCAGAGACAGAAUCAGCAAAAUAACCGGAGAGAGAAGGAGGAGGGGCACGGUUUGUUAUGGGGGGGAUUUUCACUCGUUUACAAUCUCUCUAUCCUGGAGAAGAUGCGCACCGUUAAACAAAGGAUUUAGGUUUUUUUUCUUCUUCUUCUUCUUCUUCUUCUUUGUAAGGAUACGGGACCUGUCUUGUAUUUUGACCCUGACACCCUCUCCGGUUCGGACUUGCAUCAAUGCUUGUUUUGGCUCCGAGGACCGCGGACACUGGCUGAAUCUCCGGGCACUCGUCUGCUUCGGAGUCCAUGUGGAGCGGGAGAGGAGCAUCAAACCCAGCGAACUGAGCUCAGUCCGAAAUGUGACAUUUUUAAAACAAUAUUCAGCAUCCCAUCAAACCUGGCGACGGUGAAUCCCUCUCUAUACUAGAUCACAUCUGUUUACAUCGAUCAAGAUGGCGUUCCCACCUGUGUUCCUCCUGCUGCUGGCUGUUACUCAUCAUGCCCACGGUCAGGAUCCGGACGACUCCGAGGCUCUCCCAAGAGGCUGCGGCUGGGGUCUCGGGCGACCCUACACUCUCCUGUGCGACCUGGAAUCCAUCUGGGGCGUAGCUGUCGAAUCUGUGGCUGCCGGUGGGACGUUGGCAGCCAUCCUACUCGCUCUGGUCCUGCUGUGUCGUCUGCGCCACAUCAGCGAAGCAGAGAAGCGCUGUGGCGUAGGGCCCAUUCUCCUCCUGCUCCUGGGGAUAUUUGGCUUGUUCAGCCUCAGUUUUGCCUACCUGGUCGAGCAGGAUGAGUCUCUCUGUCUGAUCCGUAGGGCUUUGUGGGGUCUCCUUUUUGCCGUCUGCUUCUCCUGCCUGUUGGUUCAGGGGGUUCGUCUGCGCAGGCUCGGCCGAGAACGCCGAAGCCCCGGCGGAUGUGCUCUAACGGGUCUGGCGUUAGGUCUGAGUGCCGUGCAGGGCAUCAUUGCCGCUGAGUGGCUACUUCUGACCGUGCUGAGGGAAGGUAGAGCAGCCUGUCAGUACAUGCCUUUGGACUUCUCAUUAGCCUGCAGCUACGUGCUAGCCCUGCUUCUCGCUGCCCUUACUGCCGCCUCCUUGGCUCUGUGUGGAAAAACACGUCAGUGGCGCUGCAAUGCUGUCUGGCUGCUGGUGACAUGCCUGCUGUCAUUGCUGCUGUGGGUGGCCUGGGUGGGCUUCUACCUGUAUGGUAACGACUGGCUCGGCAGGUCCCCAGAGUGGAACAACCCCGCACUGGCGAUAGCCUUGGUGACUCAGGGCUGGCUCCUGCUGAUCUUCCACGCUAUUCCCGAAUCCCACAUCUGCUUGAGACCCCCACCGCAACCCACCGCCCCAGACUACUUUGACACUUCCCAGAACUCAACACGUAUGAGGGAGACGAGCUUUGAUGAAGACAUCCCUCUGUCUCACCGGCAGUUUGUGGAUAACCAGAGCUACGGAUACAGCGACGAGAACACAGCAGGCUUGAGGAGCGGUGGCGGUGCCGGCCAACACAACAGUAACACGGGUGUCAGGCCCAGUGCUCCCUUCCGCAGUAACGUCUACCAGCCCACAGAGAUGACCAUGAUCCUGAACGGGGGAGCGGUGAGUACAUCUUCCCAGUCACAGGUGCCCUCUGCCCCUCCCACCUACACUGGCAGGCAGCUGUGGUGAACGAGAGGAAAGACGACGUUUGGUGGAAAAUGGCG